CAACACAAUCUGUAAUAAUGAAAAUUCAAUUGCAAUAUUAUGACAUUAUUUUAGUUUCUUAGUUUCUUGUCGUGUUUAACGACAUACGGAUACCAUAAUCUUCUUUGAUAGAAAUGAUUUAAAUUUAUAUGGGUGGUUUUGAACAAGGAAGUAUUUAUCGGAAAUGCGAAGUGUAGUUUUAAUGCGAUUUCGGAACAGCUCAGUGAACAUCAAACAGGUAAUUGGAUGUAAAACGGAAAAAAAGAAAAGCGCUUGAUUCAGAAGGUUAACUUAUUAGGUUUAAAGUGCAUAUUAAACAGACAGUCUGAAUAUGAACUUAUAAUGCCGAACCAACCAUUAUGAAGCUGCAUUUUAACAAACAAUAAUUAUGAAUGAGCUAAUUCAAGAUCAUGGAUUGAAAAAUUGGAUCAAAGCAUGUAUAGGUUUAAGGUGUGUCCGGGACGGAAUGCUUCCUUUUAUAGAAGAGAAAUGCGGUGACUUGUAUUCAGGAAAUAAGACAUACACUACUCAGUUCUGCCAAUUAACUAAUUAUUCGUGCACCAGCUGUUCAUUAAAAGAGUUGAGACCAAAUCAUUCAGAAGAUGACUGUCCAAUAAAGUCACAUAAAAUAAAUUGCGGUUGCAAAUCAUCUGCGAAUAAAAAAAUAUGCCAAAAUUUAGGCUCGUGUGGUGUAUUAUUCGACUUAAUUCUGAACAAACAUGUCAACAAAGCACCAAGAUGGAACAAUUCGGACUGCUCAAAAUGGUAUAAAAAUGGUUGGGAACAAAUGAAGUGUUUUAUUGAUAUACCCGGAUAUAAUGACAAGGAACAUCUUUCGCAAGCAGAUAUAACUGCAUUUGUGCACAUAUGCCAAAACAACAUUGCGUUGAAAGACCUAUUUCGGACAGAUAUUGAUAAACUUAUUCAGGUUCGAGCUGAUCGCAACGAGAUAUAUCAUUCCGGUAAGAUGGAUAUAUCCGACGAUGAAUUGAAAGAAUACAUUGCCCACAUGCGUGAUGCGCUGCGAUUAUCGGUGUUCACCAAAACAGACACCCAAAAGUUUUUGGAUACGCUGACAAAGUUGGAGACAGACAACAACUUUGAAAUAGAUGCGACUCAAGAAAUGAUAGCACGUAAGGAUGCAUUAAAUGCUUUAAUUGAGGAGUCUAAGACUCUACAUGAAGAAAACACAAAUAUAGCUGAGAAUACAACAGCAAUAAAACAUCGAAUAGCCGCUUUUGCAGUUGUUCAGGACAAGCAUAUGAAAUGCAUUACGGAUCAUUUGACGAAAAUCAAGUGUCACAUGAAAAGCGUCAAAGAGGAACAUAACAAGACCGCAGAGGUUUUGCUUCAACAUUCAAAUGAUUUGAAAACUAUCACGUCUGCAAUCGAUCAACAUACAACGUGCUUUAAAAACCUUCAGCGGGAACUUGUGACGCAAACAGAAAUAAUCCUUGGUAUCGAAACAAUUUCGAUGGGUAUUGAACGAAUUGUGAUCAAGAACUACCGAAUGAUAAGUGAAAUUCAACCUGAAAUAAACACAAUUCUUCUGACGGUAGAAAAGAUGUACCAACUUAUCCAAGACACGGCGAAUAUUCAAGGGAAAAUCGUAUUAGAUAUAAAUGGAAUACCAAACAAAGCAGAGUUGUUACACGAGAUUGUACAACUUUGGAAAAGCUUCAAAACCAAUCCAGGACUAAACGCUUCUGAUGAAAUAGGACAUUGUCUGUCUGUUACUGAAGGCGAAUUAGAAAAAGAGGGAAUUAAAGUUGACAGUGUACAGGAUGGCAGCGUGGAGAUUUGUUUUCGAUGCACAUCGAUACCCAACUGGAUCAAACUUUGCGAAAAGUGCAUAGAUGGAAGAAUGGCAAAAUUCUUUUGGCCAUUACAAAAUCACCUCAAAAGUAAAGACGGUUUCGAAAACCUUAAAAUAGCGGUCAACAUGUACGAAACAGACUUCGUUGAAUCCGUGGAAGCAAUUGUCAAACAACUAUACCCAAAACUGAUUUCAAAGUUUCCCAACUUCGUCAAAAGUGAGAGCGACAGCGAUCCAACGCAAAUUAAAUGGAAUGACGUGUUGGGGCUUGUGCUUGAACAUGAAAAAUCCCGAGCGCCUGCUUCUCAGAUACCAGAGGAAAAUUAUGAUUUUCAAGAAAAUGAUCAGUCGGUCAGCUCUAAGAGUAGCCAUUUUUGCAUUGAUAUGGGUCGAGACGUUUCCGCUGACAAAGACUCUGAUAAGGAUGAAGAGACAGCAGGAAUGCAAUCUGCAACCACUGGUCUCAUCAGAGAUUUGCAGGAAGUGUCAAUUAUAGACUCUGACAAUGAUGAAGAUACAGAGGAAUUACAAUCUGCCACUUCCGAAAUCCUAAGUAAUUUGCGGGAUGUGUCAUAUGCAAUGUCUGAAGAGGAUGAAAAUACUGAGAAAUUGCAAUCUGCAAACGCCGAAAUAAUCAGUAAUUCGCGGGGAGUGUCUUUAACAGUAUCUGAUAACGAUGACUAUGCUAAAGAAGUACAAUCUUCAACCGCCCAAAUCAGCAAUUAUAUGCGCGAGCACUGUGUAGAAGUGUCAGACGUCGUGGAACAAGACGAAGAGAAGCAGCUGCGAACCAGCGCUUCCGAUACUCUCGAGAAGCAGGCGAUGGUACAGACGAUAGCGGCCAUAGAGCUGUAUCAUGCACAACGCGAGGUGGCCAACUAUCUGGAGCUGGCCUAUCUGAACCUGGCGGAUCACCCUGAUGUCGCCAGAGAGGUUCGGAUGACGGCACAUGCGGCGCGGUCACAGCACCUGCUGACGUCGGGCUUGAUGAAAAAGUUCACAGUGACUGCUGGUCACAUAAUCAAGACCAUGAUUCCGAUGAUUUUGGACGCCGUAGAUUUACAGGAUCGAGAUAUCAUUAUUUACGCCUUUGGUUAUAUGAUCCAAAAUGCUGAGUCUAUGAAGAAGGAAUCAGAAGACACAAGGUCGAGCUACCUAACUCUCCAAACAGAGGUACAAAGGAAUAUGGCAUCCGUUAAUGACAGAAACAAACAUGUCGUCAAAGAAAGCGAGUGGCUUCAGCUAGAAAUGGAACGAGAAGAACAGAUGGCCAGGGCUGCAUCACUGGCUCAGAAAGAACUUGAAGAAGAAAAGAAAAGGAUGGAAGAAGACUUAGAAUCCUUGAAAGGACAGAGAGAUCGAAUGUUUCAAGUUGCAGAGGGUGCAGGUCGCGAUAUGUCAGCAGAUGACACAAAUUGUCUGGACUACAGCAUUCGCCCAAGCGCUGCAAUGGGCGGUGGCGUCGGAGUCGUGUUAGAGGUUGUCGGGAAGGCAGUAAACCUUUUCACUAGCAUGUUUAAAGGAGACAAGAAGAAAGACAGGUACAAAGAGCUAAUGAAGGGACACCAAGCGGCAGAAGACAACGUGCACAGGGCACAGCAAGAACGCCGUUGUGUCGUAGAACGUAUGCAUGCGCAAAGGAAAGAAGCGCAUCGACGUCUGGCAAAAAUGAAAGAACUCAGCAUGCAUCAUGCUGGUCUGGGCAAUGUCGAAAGUCUCAGGGAGGCCUCGCUACAUCUCGGGGACGUGAAUCGUCAGUUCACGAGAAUCAUUCAGUUCUGGGAGAACAUGGCUGCUACUCUGAAGUACGUGAAAGAGGAUGUAAGGUCCGGAGAAGUUUACUUGAAGAAAAUUGAAGACAAGAGAUACGCACAACGGUUCAAGAAUUCCAUCAGAAGGGCCGAAAAGGACUGGCAGUUCUUAGGCAAGAUAUGCAGUGACUACGUCCAAGAAAGUGACACCGAAAUCAUGCACUUGUACAACUUCCUGUUAUCGCCUAUCGAUCAUAUGCCUAAUGCCGACAGAACAGCGAGGCAGAAGGCUCUGAUAUCCUCUAUAGAGGAUGACAUCGACUCCGCGUUUGGGGAUGAACAUUAA